AUGGACACCACCGCCGAUAUCCAAGCAGCAAUCAAUUCCAUCCCUGCAAAGAAGGAGGAUCUGCGUAAGGCCUUUGAGGAGCUACAAUCAUGUUCUUCGUUCCUCCCCUCGUUCACUCUGCAGUGGAAGAAUAUCGAUGACCAUUUCUCCUCCAUUGAGAAGUCCAUCGACAAGAGAUUCCAGGAAAUCAAGUCAAGGGGGCCGACAGAGAAGCCCACUGCCACUGUUUCAUCAGCGAAUGUCCAGGUAGAACACGAUAAGCCGGUGAUUGAACCUUGUCCGGAGCUGAAGUCUUUCUGUGUCAAGAUGGAGGCAAAGGGUCUGCAAGCGUACAUUAUUGGGCAUUGGACAGGCAUUGAGGCGAUACGUAGAGAACUCGGUCCCGCCCUUCUGUACUCGCCGGAUCCCGUUACGCUGGUACUAGAUGCAUACGAGGACUUAGAUGGAUCUAGCGAAAUGAUGGAAAAUGGUGUUCAGGCGAUCUGGAGGGCUUAUUUGACUAUCCUGGAGUGCUUUCAUGGAUUGAAGUUGGAAGUUAAGCCUUCCGACAAGGAGAGGGCGAGGCAGGUGGCCAAAAAGUGCGACGAUUUGAUUAAGAAUGGGAAAAAGGAUAAUGCUGUUGUGGUGAUGGUUUUUCUGCAUGUGCUUGCUGCGUUUGGAUUGUUCGAAUAUUUUGUGAUGGAUGAUGUUUUGAAUCUUCUAGUCACGGUGGCAGAUAAGCAGAACAUUGUUGAUCUAUGCAGGAAUUCUGCUCUUGAAGUAAAGAUUCCUGGAAGACCUCCAAGAUGCUGGAGAAUGCUUUGCCAAACUCAAAAUCGAGAAAUAGUUACUAAUUUAAUAUGCAGAGAAUGGAUUGUCGAGCUGAAGGUAAUGUUGGAAGUGACUGUCGGUGCGAUAUGCAAAGAGCAGAUGGCUGAGCUGGAAGCAUUGUUAGAGGAAAAUUUGAAGAUUUUUGAGGAGGCCCGAUGGCGAUUGGAAUAG